AAAAAAAAUUCAACAAUUAAGAUUCAAUAAUGAAAGUAAUAUUUCAUAAAUAGUGUAUAUAAACUAAAUAAAUAAUUAUUGAGAUUCCUAAAUUACCUAUUCUCAACUGUGCCUUAGUUUUAUCACCUGACAUCAUAGUUUUAGAGGCAUGGAUUGAUCCAUUUAACUUUUUUUUCCUCCAAAAACUUUUUAAAAGUUUAUAAUGCCAAAAGUACGAAAAACUCGCAAAUCACUUCAUUACAAUGUUCCCAACAGAAAAUUUGCAGUAUCAGCCGAUAAAGUAGAAAAAGUUGUAAUUGGAUCGGCUCUUAAUGAGGAAGAGCCAAAUGCGGAAGAAAAAUUACUUCCAAAAAUAUCUAAUACCAAAAAAGAAAAAGCAAGAGAGCGACAUGAAAAAUGGAUAAAAAAAUUUGAGCCUACUAAAACAUCUACACAAAGAUCAAAGAAAAACAAAAAGAAAAAGAAAAAAUCACGGCAAAUGGAUGUUUGUGAAGAGGAAACUACUUUAAAUAUUUCUGAUUUAAAAGAAUAUCUCCCAGAUAUUAAUAAAGUUGAAUCAACUAAUCAAAAAGGACAAGACAAAAAAACAAAAAAGAAGUCACAAAAUUCAAAUUUAGUAUUAAAUUUAAAAUCUGUAAAAUCAAAAUCUGCACGAAAAAUUGUUGCGAUGAGUGAAAUUCAAAGAUUUCAUAAAGUAUUAAACCAUUCUGCUUUUAAGGCUGACCCAUUAUCAACCAUUAAAUUGCAUGUUGAAAAUACAAUUGAAAAGAAACAGAUCAUUGAUGAUAAAUCAUCCGCUAUGAAUAUAGAUUCAACUUCCUGAUUUAAUUUUUUUUUUUUUAAUGUGUAGUUCUGUUUGGAUAUUAUAUUUUAAUGUAAAUAAUUUGAAAAAUUAUAGAGUUUCUCAAUAAAUGUAAUAUUUUCAUAAA